UCUUUCUCUUCCUCUCUCCUUCUCUCUCUAUCUCCCAUUUUUUCUCUGUAACCAAGCAGGGCCUUGUCACUAUGCUGCUGGGUGACAAUACUCAAAUUCCAUUAGGGUGACCUUUGUCCAUCAAUUUAAGGGUCACGGUUCCACCCAGGUACCCAUGAAGUGUUGGACUACACAGGGGUGGAGUAGUCAACCUAUUCCAACUAGUGCUCCGUUAUUGUAUUUUUCACCGUUUAGCCACUCAAUGGGCUGUCUGGUGUGGCUGUAAAUGUGUGAUUGAUGCAUAUCAAUUAUCACCUUGACCUGGCUCCUCCCCCCAUCAGGGAGAGUGACAUUACUAUUGUAGCCGUUUCACAAAGCCGUUAUCACGGAACCGUUAUCUAAGAGACAAUAUGCGCUAUGAGGACUGUUAAAAUAACACCAGCUUAUUUUCCCAUCUGCGCUGUCCGCUCAGGUUUAACGUCGUCCAGCUGAGCAAGAAAUAGAGAGCGAGAGAGAGGGGGGGGGGGGGGGUGCAAGCAACCCCUCAUCUCUCCAUUCCCCUUCCCUCGCCUCCUUCGGGCCACGCAGAGCAGCAGAUCAAUAUGGGUUUUAAUUGAGGAGCAUGUGCAUCAUUCUUCUGAGUUGUAGUAGAUGGGAUCUGUUGGGAUUUGUCCCCGAGGAAGAAAAGGAUUGCAAAGAGAGAGCGACAGAGACUGGGAAAUAGGACAGAAUAUAUAGCAGGCGCUUCUUUUAGUUGUGUUUGUUUAAACUCCCGGAGCGGAGCAUAUGAUACUUGUGCGUCGUUGCAUGCACUUCUUUUCUGGGGAUACCGCGUAAUAUUUACGCGCUGUGAAACACCGAGCUGGAGCGAAGUCUGUUCGGUCCUGGACGCACGAUGCUGAUCGGCACCUCUGCCCAGGGCAACCCCCUCCUGGCCUCCCUGCCUGUCCCGGGACGGCCCCUGCAGCCCCACCUUGACCUCAAGCACUUCCUGCCUUUCAGGCUCAAUGGAUCGUCCCCCCUCAGCCUCUUCCCUAACUUCAGCACAAUGGACCCGGUGCAGAAGGCGGUGAUCAACCACACGUUUGGCGUCCCUCAGCCACUCAAGAAGAAACAGAUCAUCUCCUGUAACAUCUGUCACCUGCGCUUCAACUCACCGAACCAGGCAGAAGCGCACUAUAAGGGGCAUAAACAUGCCCGGAAGCUGAAAGCCAUGGAGGCCCAGAAGAACCGUCAGCGUCGACUUGGGGAAGCCACGUCCACAGGCAGGGAGAGAGACCGGGAACGAGACCGAGAGCGGGACAGAGAGAGGGCUAAGACUGUUACACUUCCCACUGAGACCCUCCCCGCACUCAUGGACACAGGCCCGAUGGAGGCAACGAAUCUGCUGCCUGCUGACCUGGAGCGAGGGGUGAAUUGUGAGGCUGUGAAGCUGGGCCAGAGUCCUGGCAGCAGCAGCUCUGUGAUGCUGACUCCUGUAUCUGAGGUGUCCUCCAUGGAGCUGGCCACCCUGUCCCCCGGGCCCCAGGGAGAGGUGUCCCCCUCCUCACAGGCCUCAGAGAGCGGAGCCUCAGAUACCAGUGGCCACGAGCAGGGCCCUGAGGCCCCUGGAACAGCCCUGGAGUCAGGCAGCCAGACGGACACCUCCAGAACAGAGGGGGGUGAGGAGGUCAAGGACCCCAAGAGGAUCAAGCCACACCUUCACUGUCCCGUGUGCAAGGUCACGGUCAACUCUACAUCCCAGCUGGAGGCACACAACAGUGGUACGAAGCACAAGCAGAUGCUGGAGGGCCAGAGCGUCCAGCCGCGGCGCCGGGGGAAGGUGGCGGGGGCUGGGGGGCGCUCGGCCUGCAAGACCAAGCGCCUGGGCACCAAGGGCAGCGUGGGGGUGCCCAGCAAGAACUUCCACUGCGAGGUGUGUGAGAUCUAUGUCAACUCGGAGACCCAGCUCAGCCAGCACAUGAACAGCAGGAGACACAAGGACCGUCUGGCAGGAAAGCCCCCCAAACCCAAGUUCAGCCCCCACAACAAGAGCCAGCCCACCUCCAGCUUAUCGACUAUGAGAUGGGCUGGGUAUGCAGGCGGGGCCGUGUCUGCCAUGAAGAAAAUGUUCAGCCAGUACAACUUCACCUCUCUCUCUACUCAGACCAAACUGGCCUUCCAGAAGCAGCUGACCAAGAGCCUGACCACUGGCUUCCUGCCUAGCCCCCUCACCCAGCCCACCUUGUGCACCAUGGCAACCAAUCCUCUGGCUCUGCGCCACCCGGCGGGCACCACCUUCUUUCAGACGCCCUUCCUGAGCCCCACCUUGUUCCGGCCCGCCCCGGGGCCCCUGAGGGCCACGCACCCCUCCAUCAUCUUCUCCCCUUAUUAAUGACACAGUACAGCUCCCCCCGUCCCUCUGUCCCCCUCUACCAACCCUCUUGCCCUGCCUCCAUUACUGUGACCCACAUGACGAGGGCCACGCCACGCACAAACUAUGCAGACCACAGGAGCCAGGAUGGAGAGAACAGAGAGAGCGAGGCUAACAACUGCUCCUGUCAUGGAGGACACACCCCCAAGGCCAAGGCCACGCCUCCUCUCCACCACGCCCCAUCUGUCUGCUCCUUCUCCUGUGGUUGGUGGCCUGAGGAACAGGACACACCUCCAGGGACAGACUGGUGCAGCCAGGAGGCCUCUCUCUUACACAGCCAUUUCAAGGGUCGAUUUGGUUUGGAUUCUUAAUAUUAUUGUGUAAUUUAUUAGAGAACAAAAAUAGAUGUAUCUGUUUAGUGUGGUUGCCACAAAUAAGGUCCCUUUACGUCAUGCUACUCCUCAGAACUUUGUUUCUAUUAUUGGUUGGCUUGCUUUUUGUUGUUAUGGGUCGAUAUAGGGGAUGCUAGCAGGUGAGCCCAAUGCUCUCUGAGCUUGUGACUGUCUUCAGCCAUAUGUGGAGCUGCAGAUCUGCAGUCCUACGGACCCAAGUCAAUGAGUGGGAUCUGUCAGAAUUAUAUGAACUCAUAUUUUUCCACCAACACCCUUCCACCAAGCCCCUAUCUCCCAAACCAUGUUACUGGGCUCUUGUCAUUGGAACCCAGAGCUCUGAAUUGAUGUGCAGAAUAGAUGCUGAAGCCCUUUCUCUCUCUCUCCUCUCUCUCUCUCUUUCUCUUUCUCUCACUCUCUUUGAGUCACAGCCCAACAUGGCCUUUCAUGAUUUAUUUUUUACCCUGCAUCCCCAGAAUUAAGCACUCAUUAAGGUCCUGAAAAAGUCAGCUUGUCAACUUGAUUUUGUCUCAAGUUGCAGAUCUGCCUCAUUAAAGAUCUUUGCUCCGUAGCAGCGCUGGUGCAUUGGUUCUGACUGUCUCUAUUUCUCCCGUUGCGGAACGGGCAGCACAAAAUAAUUUUUAAAAGCCUGGCUGUCUUAUAUUGUAAUCUGCCAUGGUUCCCUGUAUCCCAGUGAUUUUAUAGUGUUUGAUCCCCCAAUUGUACUCCCUGAGCCAUAGUCCUUAAUUUUCUCUCGAGCUAUCUCAGCAGGAGCUGAUGGGUGGCAGUGAAUGACAAUUUCCCCUUGCUCAAAAAAGACACUAAGGGGUGGAAAUGACUUGAUGGGUUUACAAUCCUCAAUUAAAGGUUUCCACUGUGCAGAGAGAUGUGUGGAUGAUGGAGGGGGGGGGGGACACAUUUCCCAGAUCACUGAUUGGAUCAUCAGGAAUGGAGGGAAAGAAACAAAGCACAGUGCCAUGGCAACCACAUUAAAAGCACCUUAAACAGAUUUACUUGCGAAAGCAACGAAAAUAUGUUCUAUUUUUUUGUUGUUAUUCCUGGUGUGAUUUUUCAUAAACUCAUGCCAGUUUGAUUUAGCAUUUUUCAAUCACACAAACAAUCAACUUAUAACGAUUCAAUUUGAUUGUUGUUAUUAUCCAUGAGACCGGUCUGAAUCUAAAUCUCAGAUCUAGUUACAUUUUUAAAGCAAUACGUUCAAUUAAUGUGUCUAUGUUUAGAACGGUUAUACAGUAGGAGAAUAUAGGAUGUGGAGAGGUGGCUUUAUCUGAUUCUGAACAAUGUGUGUCUGUACCUCUACAGAGAUGCUCUACAGCCUACCGUACUGUAUUUGAAAGGCCAAUUCCAAGUGGCCAGUGCUAAUAGUCAUUUGAACUGAUGGGUUGUUGUGAUGCGAUUUUCCUUGAUGGUCAAUCUCGUUCUCAUGUUGUGACUGUGUGUUGAGCUAAGCUAUAAAUAGCAGCUCUCAUACUGUGGGACGGACGCUGCAGCCCUCUCUCUGUGUUGACAUUGCUGGGCUUUCACCUCACAGAGGAGCAGGACACAGCUUUUAUAUGGAUUACACAGAACAGCCCGUGUUAUUGAUGUCUCAAGUGCAGUAGAACACAUAAUCAUAUUCCCAUACCCCUCUCUCCUAAACAAGUAGACCCACCUUGAAACGAACACUCCAUAGCCCCCACCAGACCAGACCCAAUACUUGGGGCUCCUGAUUUAUCCCAACACCAACUCUCUUUGCUGGUUUAUUACCAAACCCAACACUUACACCCAACCAGUCUACUUUAGCAACAGCAAAAUGGGGUAAAUCCUAUGCAGUUGUUGUUCCCGUCACUUCAGUCAGUGCAAUAGUAUUUCCAUGUGUGUGACGCAGCAGCGCCACCUGCAGUGAAGACCUUGUUAUUGCCCUUCUAGAUCAAACCCAGCACUGUCUCUCCUCCAUCUCUUUAAAUCUCUUUGAUUCUGUACAUGUUUCUGAGGCCUUUGUCUUUGGGAAUAUGAAACCAAGCCGUCAGGUCUCUUUGCCAUACCAAUGUGAUUCUCUCCAGUCACAGUAAGUUACUCAGUGAACCAGCCAGCCUAUUGAUCUCCAGUGUUCGUUCUGUCUGUCUGUCUGUCUGUGUGUCUGUCUGUCUGUCUGUCUGUCUGUCUGUCUGUCUGUCUGUCUGUCUGUCUGUCUGUCCCUCUGUCUGUCUGUCUGUCUGUCAUUACAUGGGAACUCUAUGGUAUUCAGACAUUUAAGUACAUUUUUAAUAAAUAAAUGCAUAUAGGCAAAUUAUCUAUGUAGAAAAUAUAGAGUAAAUAUAGACAUUUUAUCAAAGUUGCUAUUGUUAUCUUUAUCUUGAUGAAACGCUAUCUUAUCUGAGGGUAGACUGUUGAUGUAGCCUACAGCAGACACAUGCUGUACAUGGAAAGGAGAAAUACUUUGCUUGUUUUUUUCUGUUUGUUUUAUUUACAUGGUUUUACUGUACUUGUUUUUUAACCUACAAAAGAGACAAAUGUUGAAUCGAAAAAUGGUUGAGUGAUUUUUUUCUUCUUCUUCUUGUUCAAUGUUGAACUGAAUUAUGGAAUUUAAUUAUUAACGCCACACAAUAGAUGUGGAACAAAAAAUGCCUUUCAGAUGUAAUUAUCCAGUAUAUCCCAAGAGUGUCAACCGCUGGUCAGUUUCUGGCUUUCUCAGGGCUUACAGUUUCAGCUACAUGAAUACCAUACAAUCAUCCACACAAUCAGAGCCUCUCAAACGUCAUCACCAUAGAGACGGGUCAUACACUGUACUUGUGGAUGACAUGAAAUAAUAGCCAUACAGAACAGGAUUGAAGACGUUUUGAUGUAAAAUGUCCACACACGGAAUAUGACGAUCAUAUAGGAGGACAUUGGGGUGUGUCCGUGUCUCUCUUUUUCACUCCUCUCUUUUUCACUCCUCCGUCCCUGUGCACAGCCAAGGGAACCAUGGACAGUAGACCAGCCCAGAUACAGAGCUCAGUCCUGGGUAUAAUAAGGGAUCUGUCCCCUUAUUAUAGAAAGAGACACCAUGGAUAAAACAAAGCACUAUGAUCACAUUCUCUUCAAUUGCAGUGUGGUGAAAUGUCAAUUAUCUAUCAGUCUACUAGUGACCCAUUUCUUUCAGUAAAAGAACAUGUGCUGUAUGUAAUGGCAGGCUAUGAAACUACAAGGCAGCCAUGUUGACUGAGACUACUGCUGGUGAGGUGGGAGAAGCUGGCGUUUCUCAAAACGGAGUUUCCUGGUAUAGGAUCUGCAUAUCACUGAUGUCAAAGCACAGCUCUCAUUUCCCCCUAUUUUAGAAAUGAGUCUACACAGCAGGCAUUCAACGCUGCAAAGAUAAUUGCAUGAAGGUGAAUGGAGAAAGGUGUCUGCCCCCAUCCGAGUCCUGCCUCAUUAGCCCUGUCUAUACCUGGUUCCAACCUGCUGCCUUUGUCCUGAUCUUGUUCACAUUCUGAUUGUGCCCACAUUUUUAGACAAGUGUUGACAAUUAAAAGACGCAUUGUGAUCAGAUCCUAUAAGUGUAAACAGACAAGAUCAGGACGAAGAUCGCAUAUUAACAGCAGGUAUAAACAGGGCUAUUGACAGAGAAAGGAGUGGCAUGCUGAGGAUCAACAGUCUGGAUGAUAAUCUGGAUUAUCUGCACAGUAUUCACACCCAGAUGAUUUCAAUGGGCAGAGCAUCAUAAAGUCAUACUCUGGAGCGGCUCCAGAUAAUGGAGAGAGAUUAGGUUCUGAACAAUAUCAUGGAACGGUACUGGAUUCUGGACCACCACCACAGCUCAGCUCAGCGCUGUUCCUCACAGCUUUUCUCUGUCCUUCGUGUACAGAGCGGGUCCUGUGUCAUGUGCUCUUGUUGUGCUCUCUGAACUGAACCCCAGAGUCAGUCUCUUGCCAUAAUGACGCCAAUCAUCAAAGCCUAUCUGGAGACUCUUCUGGACUGUAAUGAACUGUAACAAGCAUACCAUAAUGAUGUGAAUUUUGUUCAAUCAGCUAUUCAUUUGUUAGCUUCCCACCCAUGUCCUUGUUUAUUGGAAGUGGAGCACGUACUCAUAAUGUAGUUGGACAGCAUUGUUGUUCUCACUACCACUGUAGGUCCUUAUGCCAGCUCUCCCCGUGUGGAAACGUUAGGUAAGCACAAACACACCUCUCCCAUUGCCAAAACAAGGGAAGUUCAAGUCAAGUGAUCAUAUCCAUGUCUGAAGCCAGUCUCGGGAUGACAGACCUUGCAAAACCUCUCCACAAACCCCUACAUAUCCACAACACUGAUAUAUUGAUCUCUACCUGAAUGCUGUGAAGUAACACCCAUUUAUUUUGCUGUGGUGGUCAGUCUGUCAGUCCCUGGUUCCUCCCUCUCUGUAUCAACCCUACAAGGACAUGGAGUCAGUUCAGUGUGUACGUCAAGUUCUACAGUACAUAUCAAUAUCUGUGACUGCUUGGCUACGUUUAGACAGGCAGCCCAAUUCUGAUAUUAUUGACCAAUCAGAUCAGCUCUGAAAAAGAUCUGAUGUAAAAAGAUCUGAUUGGCCAAAAGACCAAUUAGUGGGAGAAAAAAAAACUGAAUUGGGCUGCCUGUGUAAAUGCAGCCCUUGUGUUCCAUUUAAAGCCAAUGGUACAUUACAAAACAUAUACUACGAUGUAGAAGAUAUUCUAUGAGGGGACAUGACCCGUAUUUAUUGUAACACCUUUGUCACUGUGUUCACAGUACAUUUGAUUACAAUGAUCUUCAUGAUGUACAAUAGGAAUUAUAAGGUGGAAUAUAGAGUAAGAUAUUUUGAUAAGCUAUUGAGUCUUUGCUUUAAAUGUUUGUUUUUUCCGUCUGUAUAGAUAAUGCUAGGUUGAAUAUGAAUGACAGAGAAAUAAAUGGGGGAGAGAGAAAUAGACAGAGGGAGAAGUUGGAUAGUGAAAUAAAUCGAUUAGAUCUUUCACUUCCACAGCUUCACUUUGUAUUUUAUUGACCUUUAAGUGUCCGGCUAUUGACUGGAACCAGACGACUUGUCAACAUGUCCCGCUUUCUAAUGUCAAAGGUGUUAGAUCCUCUACACACACACGCACGCACGCACGCACGCACGCACACACACACACCACAGCAUAUUGCUUUGCAGCAUGAUCAAAUUAUUCAAAAUGGCAUGUUGUGUGUUUACAUUCAUUAGAUAUUGUCCUAUAGCAGAUUAUGUAAACUCGCCCUCUGUGUAUUCAGGUGGAAUGAGCUGCACCAACUGCUUUGGGGCCCGGUUAAUGUUGAUCUGUCACAGAGCAUAAAAAUCAUUAUUUCAUAAACAUUUGACCUUUCCCUUGCCACCAAAUCAUGGCCAUAAAUUCAUACCUCUCUUGUAAAGAGGAAGAAAUCAUCUCUUCUAUGACAGUUUUAGCUUUGCAGCAGGCCACGGUAGCUGUAGCUUUCUGGAUGGAUUUCAUAUAAAAAAGAUCUGGCCUUAUAACAGGGAACCUGUUUGGAACCUGGGUUGUGUUGGUCCAGAGGCUGGGGUCAAACAGUUAGAAUGGCCCCAUGGGGCACAUAAUCAUGCCAAAUCACGAGUCCAUUGUUCAACCUGUGUGCUGUCCUCUCUCUAUCCAAACCCUUAAAUCUCACACUACCUCUUGAAGACAUAGUGUCGGGAGGGAAAGGCUGCGAUUAGAAGGUCACUAUAGCAACUGCCAGGGUUGAGAUAAAUAAUCUCCACUGUAAAAAGAAAGGGGGAGAAAUCCCAUUGGUCCUCUGUAUGUCCCUGGGGGAAGCUAGCUAGAUGCUCAGCUGCAGCACUGAGGAAGGAUCUGUUUUUUUUUUUUUUGCUAUGACAGUAAAACAGUAUUGGAGUAGAGAUAAAAGGACAUUACCUCUGUAUUUUUUGUCUUAUUGUCAUCCUUGGGGAAAUGGUUUUGGCAGUAGUCUAGUUGAAGAGGUGCGUUCAUAAAUCACAUCGGGGACAAGUCACAAAUCUACUGCUCCUCUCGCCCCCCUUGUCUCCCAGUAUUCACAGUGUGUAUUUCAAGCCGUGUGGUAAAUGUCACAUUUUAACAGGAGAUCAAUAUAGAGAGUGAGAUGUUUGAGAUGAGAUGUUCAUUGCCCUCUGUUAAAUGUAGAUAAGAAAAUGUAUGAGAGUGUGGCGGGUUAUAUAGGGUCCCGAGGAUGUUUUGUGUUAAAGUUAUUUUACCUUAUGUACUGUGUAAGAAGACAAUAAAUGUGGGUUGUAAUACUAUGCUAGUUUAUAACGAUCCAUACAUGUGACUCAAUAAAUGCACAAUUUCUUAGUAAACAUCA